AUGAAAUUAAAUAGACUUCCUCAUGUACCCCUCCAAGAAUACAUUGAAAAUAUGAGGAAGAUUGCAAUCCAUCUAAUGAGCCUUUCAAAGAAGACUCGCUUAAUAUUUCUCAGUUCCCCUCCCAUCAAUGAGGUGCAAAUGCAUGAAAUGCUCAGUGAUCUACUGGGGCCAUUAAAAAGGACAAAUGAAUCCUGUCGAUUAUACUCAGAAGCAUGUUUGGAGCUGUGCCGUGAGAUGAAUGUGAAAGCCAUUGAUCUCUGGUCUGCACUCCAGCAAAGGCAUGACUGGUUAGAUGUUUGCUUCACGGAUGGAAUUCAUUUGUCACAUGAGGGAAACAAAAUAGUGGCAAAAGAGAUAUUUAAGGUCCUCAGAGAAGCAGACUGGGAACCUAGUCUGCAUUGGAACUCAAUGCCAACAGAGUUUGCAGAAGAUUUUCUUCAUGAUCCAAAUUGUGCUGAUAGAAAGAGUAUUAUAAAUGUCUCUAACGGGAACUUCCAAGGAAAUUCUCAAUUGGAGUAGAAUUAUUCUGCAUUUUCAAGCAACAGAAAAACCCAUAAUUUGAAUCUCAAAGUGGAAUGGUUUUAUACUGUU